AAGCCCCAGUGACUGAUACGAACAUUCCAUCCCAUCUGGAACAGAUGUUAGACAUACUGGUUCAAGAAGAAGAUGAGCGGGAAUCUGGAGAGACAGGGCCAUGUAUGGAAUACUUGCUCCAUCACAAGAUCUUGGAAACAUUAUACACUUUAGGGAAAGCUGAUUGUCCUCCAGGAAUGAAGCAGCAGGUUUUGGUAUUCUAUACUAAACUCCUGGGAAGAAUCCGGCAGCCGCUACUACCGCACAUUAAUGUGCACCGGCCGGUGCAGAAAUUAAUUCGACUCUGUGGUGAAGUCCUUGCAACACCGACGGAAAAUGAAGAGAUUCAGUUUCUCUGUAUUGUGUGUGCAAAACUGAAACAGAAUCCCUACUUGGUUAAUUUUUUCCUGGAGAAUAAGUUGAAAUCAUUGGCUUCCAAAGGAGCACCAAGUGUAAUUUCAGAAGACACAUUAAAAGGUCAAGAUUCCUUGUCAACAGAUACGGGACAGUCCUGUCAGCCAGAGGAGCUGUCUGGUGCUACUGGAAUGGAGCAAACAGAGUUAGAAGAUGAGCCUCCUCAUCAGAUAGAUGACCUGUCCUCAAGCUUGGAUCACCUCAGUGUCACUUCACUGUCAGAGGCCUCAGUUGUUCGUCCAAACCAAGAUUACAAUUUAGUGAAUUCUUUGUUAAAUCUUACUAGAAGUCCUGAUGGCCGGAUAGCUGUGAAAGCAUGUGAGGGCCUGAUGCUGUUAGUGAGUUUGCCAGAGCCUGCGGCCGCCAAGUGCCUCACUCAGAGCACCUGCCUGUGCGAGCUGCUCACAGACAGACUCGCCUCCCUGUACAAGGCCCUACCUCCGUCGGUGGAUCCGUUAGAUAUUGAAACAGUGGAAGCAGUUAACUGGGGCUUGGAUUCAUAUAGUCAUAAAGAAGAUGCUUCAGCAUUCCCAGGGAAACGAGCCUUAAUUUCAUUUCUUUCCUGGUUUGAUUAUUGUGACCAGCUCAUUAAGGAAGCACAAAAGACUGCUGCUGUUGCUCUUGCCAAAGCUGUGCAUGAAAGGUUUUUCGUUGGUGUUAUGGAACCUCAGCUAAUGCAAACUUCUGAGAUGGGCAUUCUGACGUCAACUGCUCUGCUUCACCGCAUUGUUCGUCAAGUAACCUCUGACGUUUUGCUUCAAGAAAUGGUGUUUUUUAUCCUUGGAGAACAGAGAGAACCAGAAACUCUGGCAGAAAUAAGCAGACACCCUUUAAGAUACAGGUUAAUCGAACAUUGCGAUCACAUCUCUGACGAGAUAAGCAUAAUGACAUUAAGAAUGUUUGAGCAUCUUUUACAAAAACCCAAUGAGCACAUUCUUUACAACUUGGUCCUAAGAAAUCUUGAAGAAAGAAAUUAUACAGAAUAUAAACCUUUGUGCCCAGAAGAUAAAGAUGUGGUAGAGAACGGAUUGAUAGCAGGAGCAGUAGAUCUGGAAGAAGAUCCAUUAUUUACUGACAUUUCACCAGAUAACACUUUGUCAAACCAAGAGUGGCUUAGUGCUUCACCUCCUGCUACUCCAGACCACCCUAAAAAUGAUGGGAAAACUGAAGUCCAUAAAAUUGUAAAUAGUUUUCUCUGUCUGGUACCGGAUGAAGCAAAGUCAUCCUACCAUGUCGAGGGCACUGGAUACGACACCUACCUCCGAGAUGCUCAUAGGCAGUUCCGGGACUACUGUGCUAUCUGCUUAAGAUGGGAGUGGCCUGGGUCUCCAAAAGCAUUGGAAAAGUGUAAUUUAGAAGCAGCUUUCUUUGAAGGUCAUUUUUUGAAAGUUUUAUUUGACAGAAUGGGAAGAAUUCUUGAUCAGCCAUAUGAUGUAAAUUUACAAGUAACCUCGGUGUUAUCUAGACUUUCUCUCUUCCCUCAUCCACACAUACAUGAGUACCUUCUGGAUCCUUAUGUGAACCUGGCUUCGGGCUGUAGGUCUCUCUUCUCAGUAAUCGUCAGGGUUGUUGGGGACCUUAUGGUUCGAAUCCAGCGUAUUCAAGACUUUACUCCCAAACUUCUAUUAGUGAGAAAGCGAUUACUUGGUUUAGAACCUGAAGGCCCUAUUAUUGACCACAUCACGUUGCUAGAGGGUGUGAUUGUGUUAGAAGAGUUCUGUAAGGAGCUGGCAGCAAUUGCAUUUGUGAAAUACCAUGCUUCUUCCACCCCAUAAGUAACGUCUUCCAGGUAAUGAGAGGAACAGAACUGUUGUGUACAUUUCAUCAAAAAAGACUCCUUUCUACCCAACCAAGAGAGGAUAAAAAGCCUUUUUAAAUGAAGUAUUGUUGUAACUGGACACAGAACCAUUAAGAACACUCUCAGUGUCUCCGUGGACACAGUCAAAUGUUGUAUAAUGUUGUUCUCAUCGGCUUUAUCAUAAUGGUUCUAUAUAUAAAAUUGCACGUUGAUGAAUUAUGAUACAAUCAAAGGAACUUCAGGAAAUAAGCAUUUCUAAUGACUGUGUGAAAAGCUGCAAAAUUUCUGAUGUCAUGACUUUGAUGAUAUUUCUGUUAUUUUAAUAUCCAUUAAGGUAGCAAGGCAUUUUGACAUUCUCCGUAACUCAAAUGCUUAUAUUCUUUUGUAUUAAUAAGUAGUUUAAAAAAAUCACUAAUUUUAUAACUUUUUAAGGUCAGAAUUCUUAUCAAACAAAAUAUGAAAAAAAAUGUAAAUGAAAAAAAAAAUACAGUUCAGGAACCAUCAAAUGAAUUGAGUUAAAUAUAGGAGAUAAAAAUAUGUAGAGUACCAUUAACUUUCUUCAGCUUUUCUAAUAAUAACAGUUUAAUAUGAUAAAGAAAUUCUUGAUUAAUAUAUAUAUUUUUAAAGAAAUGUUCUUUUACAUUUGUGCAUAUAGCCAUGUUAGUGAUUGAUUUUCAUGAAUGGGUCCCAGUUUAUUUAAACUGUAUCAUUUUUACAGCAACGUUGAAUUUAUGCUUGUCAUUGGUAGUGUUUGCUAAAGUUGUAUUUUUUUUAAGCUAACAUGUACUGGGUUGAAAAAUCCUUUUUUUCCCCUGUCCUCCAAAAAUUGCUUUAUAAAGUUGCUUUAUAAUUUGAUUUUCUUAUUGAAACUCAUGGUGGUGUCUAGGUGGGGAACUGACUGGUAACUUUUAAGCAGCAAUCAAAAUACCAAUGGCCUCCUUAAUGUUUACAUUUUUUUUUUCAUUUUGUUCAGUCUUUUGUUUUAAAUGAUUCUGAAGAGAUUAAAGAAAGCAGUCUUUUAAAUGUUCUGUUUACAUGUUAAAGGACUUAGGAAAUUGAGUCUGUAUGUGAAUGGGUGUGUAUGUAGGAAUGUGUAGUUUAGCAAGCUGUGCUGUGCACAGCAUGCUUGGACUUCAUUUACCAAAUGGUGUUUGCUAGUCCACUUUCUGUUCUUUUACGUGAUGCUUGUCACUCAAAUAUUGCUUUUAAGCUAUCAGUUUGUUUGUUUUAGUUGAAAUGUUAAGCAGCAGCACUUUCCUCUUUUCAUUUACUGAUAUUUGGGAGAACAGACUAUCAAACGUUCCAACUUGAAAGAAUCUGUCACUAUCCCUUCUAAGAAGUUGUUUUAUGUAGCAUGUUUGCAGAUAUACAUUGUGUGGUGUGUGCACAGAAGCAUGUUUUACACAAUCUGCUCAUUUUGUUGUAUUCGUUUCUCUGAUACAUAUUUUAUAGUUUUUGUUGUUUAUUACAAUAUCAAAAGUUUAUAAAUAUCCUCAGCUCUGGAAUGCUUACCACUGUUCAAACAACAAAAAGACUAAAUUUCUAAUUUAAUGCAAAUCUUUGUUAGCUUAUUCUAAGAAUUUUUAAGUAAAACAGUGAAAAAAGUAGAAGAUAGUUACUUCAUGCAUGAUUUUCUUUGAACGAUGGGAAAGCAUUAUUCAGUUUGCUAUAUUUGUUGAUCAAUUCAUGCAAGGAACACUGCAACGUCUCCAUUUUUAGGUGUAGUUGCAGUCUAUUUUGAUGUAGGUAUACUUAAAAUAAGGCCUUAGGAGAUAUUAGAUAUUUCUUAAUGUUUCAUAGUGCUCAAUAGGUGUAAUGAUGUUACCUCUCAAACCAAAUACUCUUUUAUCCUUGAUUUCACAAUGGGACCUUAUAGCUAAUCAAUGAGCGCAAGCUCAGAAAAGCUUUACCUCUAUAUUUAUGUGUGUAUGCUGCUUCUGAAAAUAUAAUUUUCCUAAGUUAUUAUAAUGACUUUGAUCUGUAAUCAGCUAAGGCUUAGGGCUUAAUUUGUUUCCCUUCUUAGUUUCUCUUCUUUUUUUCAUAUUUAGUUCAGACCUAGAGCCAGCACAAGUUCUCACCAUGAGUUGGAUUUGUCAGUGAAACAUUGUACUAUAUCACUAGUCUUUUUCUUACUGUCUCUCAGAAGCUGAAUUACUCAGUACUUGCAAAAACAGUGACUAAAAUGCACUGUAUUGGGUGGAAAGUACCACCUUAACAAUUGAUUGCCAUAGCACGUUCCAAACUGAAUUUUAAACUUGCUUCACAUUUGUAUAAAUAGGUAUGCACAUUUUUUUAAACCUUCUAACAGUAUAGUCUUUGGAUUUAUUUUUAGUAAUGAGCUACAUUCUUUACUUGAUAGAACUCAGAUUUGUCUUAGCCAAUUAUCAUGUAAUAUUCACAUUAUAAUUAUGUAAUGUUCUCAUAAUGUAUUUGUGCAAUAUGGAAGCUAUGAGUGGAUUCAUAGCUUUUUGGUUUAAUUGUACAUUAUUGUGUGUGUACAUGUAUAUAUAUAUGUGUAUAUAUAUAAGGACCAAAAUCCUUAGCUUGCUUACACUGUUGCUAGUGUAAAGAUUGUUACACUUAAUUUUACAGGGCACAAAUUAUGGAAUUACUUCAUAAAUUCAUGGUAACAUAUUUCCACAAAUUAUUGCAUUAAUAUAAAAUUACCAUUUAAUUAUGAAGUUCAUAGGUAUUGACAGAAGAAGUUACAGUGAAGUGCUAAAACCACAAAUUAUAUGGUAAUUAUAUUUUGGGUUGUAUAAUAAAUUGAAAUAUGCAUGUCAUUGUGACACUUGAUGUGUUAAAACAUGAUAGAUAAUCAUAUUUCUGGGCCCUGUAAAAUUUUGCUACUGUAAUACUACGUUUUGCCUCCUGCCUUGUUUACAUUAAACAGAGGAUAUUUGGUAAAUUUUUCUAUUGAACGUUGCGUAGGUUACUGACAGUGUUAUCAAGGUCUGGGGUUCUUGAGCCAUCCAUGGAGAAACUUUUCAGAUGCUGAUUGUGUACCUACUCGCUCUUCAAAGGAAGUUGUGAUCAAGUUCAACUUUUUGUGCUAACAAUGCAUGCAGGACUAAAAGGGAUAAUCUAAAAAAAUAAAUAAUGUAAUUUAAAGAAAA